AUGAACGAAAAUCCCAGCGAAGAUCAGUCUCGCAAUCCUCCAGGAUUACAAGUCGCUCUUACUGAAGCAAUCACAGAAAAUGACGAGGAUAUGAUGGCUCUUGAAGAGGCAGCACACCAGGAUGGUCGCUCCACCGAACUGGUCGGCCAUGAUGCUGAUGACGAUACCAUAGAGGGAGACCCAACGACUGCCGAUAUAAGGUUACGAGCUAUGAUGCUUGAAGAGCAGCUGCAUCGUGCGCGCGCUGAAGUGCAAAAACUGACACGACCCAUCACUCUUGAGGAUGCAUUGCCUGUGAUGGAAGCGUACCAACAACUAGUUCGCAUCGUCUGCCCUUUGAGCGACUCCGAGAGAGAGAAAUGGGAAGCAUCACGAGAACGGUGCUUGAAAUUACAAAAGCGAUUCCAAGAAAAGGGCGAAAGAUGCAGAUCCGCGCGAGAGCAGUGCGAAGAAUUACGCGCAGAAUGCGAAGGUAUCCGAGCCCGAUGCAUCUACUUUUCGCAGUACUACGACAAGUUCCAGGAAAAAGUCAACAGCCUCUUUGAAGAAGACGAAGAGGAAGACGAUGAAGAAUCGCAAGAGCUGUACGACAUGAUGCGAGGCCGGAUGGGUCAGCGGGAGCAGGAAGUGGAAGGGUUUUUGAAGCAGGCUGCUGAAAUACUGCAGAUGAUUGAAGAUAUGUUCCUCUGGGUGGUGAAGCUGGAGAGAAAGUCGGAGUACAAUAUUCACCAGCUGAGACGAUUUGAGGGCAUUCUUGAUGAUAUCUUGCGGUCGUUUGACUAUUGGUUUGGGGGUUUGUGA